AUGACAGAUGAUAUUCCUAAGCCAAUUGCAUUUCAACCAAUUGAUUUAUCAAGUAUUUAUAGUGAAAGUUGUUCAUUUACUUCAGAACGUAUGACUCCAAUGAAUGUUCUUAUUCCACCACGAGAUCAUUCUCCAUUAGGAUUUGAUGAUACCAGUUUAUCUCAAAGUAAUUCAAAUAGUAGAAUAAAUAGUAGAACAGGUAGUAGAAGAACAGACCUACUAUCACCAUUAGACUUGUUUAAUACCAAAUCAAGUUUAGAUAAAAAGAUCUCGAAAAAUAAAAUGUUUAAUCCUUCAAAUAUCAAACAACAACUUACAAAAACUCACUUAAUAGAAUUUAUUACUGCUAUUAUAUUAUUUUUUGUUGGGAUGAUAUUAGAAGGAUUUCCUGGUUAUCAUAUGGAAAUUCCUCUUGAAAGAAAUAAUGCAAUGGUAUUAUAUAAAAAUCUUAAUAGUACUGUUCCAAGUAUUCUAUGUUUGAUUAUUUCAAUAAGUUUACCUAUUAUAGUAAUAUUUCUAUUUGCAAAGAAAAGAAACUCAACUUAUUAUUUUAUUACUGUGUUCAUAGUCUUCUUGUUUUCAUUUUCAAUAAAUUUCUUUCUUACUAAUGCAAUUAAGUUAUUUGCUGGUCGACCUCGUCCUAAUUUCUAUGCUAUGGUUGAUGCUGGAAAUAUAAAAGAUGCAUACAAAUCUUUUCCAAGUGGACAUUCUUCAAUGGUGUUUAAUGGAAUGAUGUUUAUUUCCUUAUUACUUUGUGGUGAAUUACGUGUAUUUAAUGGUAACGGUUCUUUGUUGACACUAUUAUUAUCAUUACUUCCAUUAGUCAUGGCAGGAAUUGUUGCUGUGACAAGAACACGUGAUUAUUUUCAUAAUUUUGAUGAUAUUUUAGCAGGAAGUAUUCUAGGUUCAGUUAUUUCAUUGUUAUCAUAUAUCACAAAAUUUAAACCAUUAUGGGGGCAAAGUGCUGGUGAAAUAGAAGAAGAAGUCAAUCUUGAGUUUGAUAACAACUAUGUUGUUUAA